UAUAAGGUUCUUCAAAUGUGGAGCACUAAUCCAUCGAGUCGCGCUUUCCUCGUCUGCCUUGAACGUUCUCCGAGAGUCCGCUCUACGUCGAACGUCGCCAGCGUUGUUCUUCGAUUCUUCAAGGAAGACCGCGCGAUAUCGCUGACGAGCGUUAGAGCGGGACGCCGAUGUCACCCGCGGGGCCGACGAAGGUGGGCGUCGAGGUGGGCGCCGUAGAGGGGCGCGCAAUCUAAACCCGAUAACGAGCCAGCUGGCAGCGGCAGUGCCGUCGUUUACGUGGAGGUAAGUCCUUCGCGAGAGUCCGCUCUCGCUGGUGAGGUCCGUGCCGGAUCGUGCUCCUGGUGGAAGGUCGAUAGCAGGUCCUAUCCUGGGGAAUAAGUCGCGGCGCGAAACUGGUACCACUCGCGACACGAAGAACACGGAGGUGCCCGCGUGACCACGAGAAACGCGCGAGGAAGAGAGUCGAGACAAAGGGAAACGAGGGACGAGGAAGGGUGGAGAAAAAAAAAAGAAAUAAACAUGCCGUGAAUCUCGUCAGGUGACAAUGCGUACGACUCGAUGAAGUCGACGGUGCUCAUAGCGCGUGCGGCUUUCGAUCGCAUGCGACCAACGCCGUAGACACUCCGUCGUCGUCGUCGUCGACGUCGUCGUCGUCGUCGUCGUCAUCAUCAUCAUCGUCGUUCCCGCGCGUGUGCAUGUGUGUAGAGGUGCGCGCGUGUGAUCGUGUUGUACCUGACCCGUCUUGUACCACCUGACCCAGCUUCGACCUGAUUCAGGCGCCCGACAUCUGGACCGAUCCACGAUGACUACGAGGGAGCUCUACGUUAAGGAUGCCCGAGUAUGGGUGCCGCAUCGGGAGAAGGUGUGGGAGGGCGCCGUGCUCCUGGAGAACUACAGGCUGAAACAGCUGACGUUAAAGGUGCGCACGGAGGAGACGAAACAGACGAAGACAUUAGAGAUCAAGUCGGACAACGAUCUUCCGCCCCUUCGGAAUCCCGACAUUCUAAUAGGAGAAAACAACCUCACGUCGCUGUCGUUUCUCCACGAACCCGCUGUCCUCUACAAUCUCCAGAUCCGCUUCCAACGGCACUCCAUUUACACCUACUGCGGCAUCGUCCUGGUAGCCUUCAACCCGUACAACGAAUUACCCAUUUACGGCAAUGACACGAUAUGGGCCUAUAGGGGCCAGGCGAUGGGCGACCUGGAACCCCACAUAUUCGCCGUCGCCGAGGAAGCCUAUAUGAAGUUGGAGAGGGAGAACCAUGAUCAGUCGAUUAUCGUUUCUGGCGAAUCGGGCGCCGGCAAAACGGUCUCCGCGAAGUAUACCAUGCGGUAUUUUGCAACCGUCGGCGGAUCAGCAACGGAGACGCAGAUCGAGAAGAAGGUUCUCGCCUCUUCGCCUAUCAUGGAAGCGAUCGGUAAUGCGAAGACUACCAGGAACGACAAUUCCUCCAGAUUUGGAAAGUUUAUCGAAAUCCAGUUCAACAAAAACUAUCACAUCACCGGCGCGAGCAUGAGGACCUAUCUGCUGGAGAAGUCGCGGGUGGUGUUCCAAGCAAACGAAGAGCGAAACUAUCAUAUCUUCUAUCAGAUGUGCUCGGCGGCAAAACGUCUUCCCCAGUUGUACCUGACUGACCAGAAGCAAUUCCACUAUCUCAAUCAGGGCAACAAUCCCAGGAUCGAUGGCGUGAACGAUCUCGAGUAUUUCGACGAGACGAUAAGCGCAUUGACGAUGCUCGGCUUUACGUCCAAGCAGCAAGAUGACAUGUUGCGCAUCCUGGCGGCUAUAUUACAUCUAGGUAACGUAAACAUAAGCAAUUGCGCGCCUAAGAACGCGAAGGACGGCGAAGUGGACACCGAAUCAUGCUACAUCUCGUCUUCGGACCGGCAUCUACUCGUCCUUUCUGAGCUGUUGGGUGUCGAAGUGAACGCAAUGCGCAAGUGGUUGUGUCAUCGGAAGAUUGUUUCGACACGGGAGGUCUUCCUAAAGGAGGUCUUCCUAAAGCCUAUGACCGUGGAUCAGGCGAUUGGUGCGCGGGACGCUCUGGCCAAGCACAUUUAUGCCGAGCUCUUCACUUGGAUCGUGACCAAUAUCAACAGCUCGUUACAGUCACCCAGUCAGGCGCACUGUUUCAUCGGCGUAUUGGAUAUAUACGGUUUCGAAACAUUUGAGAUAAACUCGUUUGAACAAUUCUGCAUCAAUUACGCAAACGAAAAGCUUCAACAGCAGUUCAACCAGCACGUCUUCAAGCUGGAGCAGGAGGAAUAUCUGAAAGAGGACAUCGAAUGGACCUUCAUCGAUUUUUACGACAAUCAGCCGUGCAUCGACUUGAUCGAGACCAAACUCGGCAUUCUGGACCUCCUCGACGAGGAGUGCCGUAUGCCGAAGGGUUCGGACGCCUCCUGGGCGGAGAAGUUGUACACCAAGUGUAUCAAGUCUAAGCACUUUGAAAAACCGCGAUUUGGCACCUCAGCCUUUUUGAUUCAUCACUUCGCUGAUCUCGUGGAAUACGAAACCGUGGGCUUCCUGGAGAAGAAUCGCGACACCGUGAUCGAGGAACAAGUGGACGUGCUGAGAAGCGGCAAGAACAAGCUGCUGAGGAGUCUAUUCAAUGACGAGGAUCCUAAGCUGGCAGUGCCGCAUACAAAAUUGAAAGUGUCUGCCCAGAAGAGCGCGCCGACGAACAUAGCCAACAGACAGAAUAAGAAGACAGUUGGUUCGCAGUUUCGUGACUCCCUCAACAUGUUGAUGGCCACGCUGAACGCCACGACGCCGCACUACGUGCGCUGCAUCAAGCCGAACGACGAGAAGGAGGCCUUCGAGUACAGCCCGGUGCGAGCGGUGCAACAGCUGCGUGCUUGCGGCGUUCUGGAGACCAUUAGGAUCUCCGCUGCGGGCUUUCCAAGCCAGCGUACGUACGGUGACUUCUUCCAGAGGUACCGCUGCCUCUGCAAGUUUAAAGAGAUACGGCGGGAUGAUCUGAAGGAGACCUGCCGGCGCAUCCUGGCCAGGUACAUCAACGACGAGGACAAAUUCAAAUUUGGCAAGACCAAGGUGCUGUUCAGGGCUGGUCAGGUGGCAUAUCUGGAGAAGUUACGAGCGGAGAGGCAGCGUGACGCCUGCAUAAUGAUUCAGAAGACUGUACGUGGUCUGAUUCACCGUAAUAGAUACAGGAAGAUCCGCAGGUCAAUCCUAGGCCUUCAGAGGUACGGCAGGGGUUACAUCGCCCGGAAAAAGGCAGAGGCUGUGAGGAGGGAGAGGGCGGCAGUGAAGAUCCAGGCGCGGGUGAAGGGCUGGCUGCAGAGGCGAUGGUUCCUGCAGGUGAAACGCACGAUUGUCGGUUUGCAGACGCGGGGUAGGGGUAACAUUGCUCGCGACAGGUUUAGGAGAAUGAAGGACCACGCCGCAGCGACGGUGAUUCAAAGAUUCGCUCGUGGAUAUCUCGUGAGAAUGGCGUGCAAGAAGAGACUCAAGAACAUAAUAAUUGUGCAGUCGUGCAUCAGGAAACGUCAGGCGAAGAAGGUCUUCAGGAAAUUGAAGGCCGAGGCCAGGAGUGUGGAGCACGUCAAGUCGCUCAACAAAGGCCUGGAGAUGAAGAUCAUAACGCUGCAGCAAAAGAUAAACGAAAUGGCGAAAGAGAGCCACCACUUGAAGAACGUUCAAAACGAGAUGGUAGAUUUGAAGGGCAAGUUGGACUAUCUGAAAUCCGUUGAUGUUGAGAAUAAGAAAUUGAACAUAGUGGUGCAGGACAAAGUGAAGGAGUUGAGAAGAAUGGACGAAAUUCUAAAACAAGAGAGAGAUGAGAAAAUGGAUAUACUGCACGAUAAAGACAGAAUUAUUCUACAGAAGGACGAGGAGAACAAGAAGUUGCAGAAGGAGAACGAAAGAUUACGGAAGGAACUCUUGAUAGCAACCGAGAAGUUGAACAGUAAUCAGCUCGGCGCCGAACAGAACCUGAAGUAUCGAAUCGAGCAGGAAAAAGAUCUGCUUCGAAUGGAGCAGGAUCAGGACCGCGGAGCUUAUCAAAGACUGCUCAAAGAGUACCACGAUUUGGAACACCACACAGAAAUGCUGGAACAGAAGUUAUUACAAGUACAAGGAGUGCUUGGACACUCGCGCUCUUUGAGCAAUGCUUCCAGCGGUAGUGGCCAAAUCGCAACGGAAAUUCCGCACGAUGAUCAAAAUGCCGAUUUCGGUUACGGCUCCGUGAGAUCCACGGCUUCCUCGUCGACGCCCUACUCGCGAGUGGAAACAAUCGACUGGAAUCAACAGCGGUCGGAUAGUCCGCCCGACGGGGAAGUACAAACGAAUAAAUCACCUCCGGAGGCAUCCGCGGCCGCACAUGCGCCCGUGGACAUUGGUCUCGUUCUGAAGCUGCAACAGAAGCUGAAGGAUGUCGAGAAAGAGAAAGGCAGAUUGAUCAGAAUGGUUGAGGAUUUGGAACGCGACAGUAACGAGGAGUCUAACAGAACGCAGGAUUCGUUCAGACUCCAAGAACUGGAAAUGGAGAACGCGCAAAUUAAAAAAGACCUAAAUUCAUUGAGGAAGACCGUAUCGUCGGCCAGCCCAUCAUCAGCGCAGCAAAAUCUCAUGAUACAAUUCGAGGCGCUACAGGAGGAACUGGAAAGAAGAAGAGAGGAGUGUAUUCAGCUGCACAGUGUCCUGGCCGAUCACACACAUAGAAUGAAGAGUUUAGGUUCCAGCUAUGGUCGCGACGUGGAUAUUAUAAAUGAGGAUGGCGAGCUGGUACUUGCCUUCGAAGCACAAAAGAAGAUUAAUAGUAAACUUAACACAAAGGUACCGGGAGGAGAACAAUUGGAAGAUGAGCUGCAAGCGAAGGAAAAGAACUGGCGAUCGCAAAGGGACGAGUGGCGAAACGAAAUAGACAGGCUGCAAGAAGAAAUUGAGAGGCAACAAAAGUUGCUCUCUAUUAAUUUAAGUAAAUCGCCACAAACCCAAGCGGAGCUUUACAUGCAGCAUGAAGUUGCUAGAUUGACGUCUGAAAAUCUUGAACUUCAAGAGAAAUAUGAUAAAGUAGCAGAGGAAUGCAGACGCUUCAAGAAACAAUGUAGAAUCCUGGCGAAACGACUCAAGGAUGCUGGCUACGAAGGGGAGGAACGUCCUUAUAUGAAAGGCGCCGUGCCCAACGCGGUGGAAAUGGUGAAUGGUUGCGUCGCCGUUUCCGGUACUCACGGAGACGGAAACAACAUGCCCAUCGUUCGCAAAAAGGAGAGAGAUUAUGAAGGAAUGUUUGAAUUUAAAAAGGAAGAAAUCAACCUGAUUAUACGUCAUUUGGUCAUUGAGCUGAAGCCUCGAAUAGCGGUGACAUUGCUACCGGGCUUACCGGCCUACAUUCUCUUUAUGUGCAUCAGACACACCGAUUGCAUCAACGAUGAUGAUAAGGUGCGGUCGUUGUUGACCGAGUACCUGAAUGCCGUUAAACGCGUGCUGAAAAAACGCGACGACUUCGACUCCAGGGUGCUCUGGCUGAGCAACACUCUGCGUUUGUUGCACAACAUGAAACAGUACUCCGGUGACAAACCGUUUCAGAUCGAGAAUACGCCUAGGCAAAACGAACAGAGCCUGAGAAACUUCGAUCUGAGCGAAUAUCGCGUCGUGCUGAGCAAUGUGGCUCUUUGGAUUUUCAACAAUCUCAUCACGAAUCUCAAGGAGAGGAUUCAAGCGCUGACGGUACCGGCUUUGCUAGAACACGAGGCGAUAGCUGUUCCAACCGAUAAGACCGGUCGGCCCAGGUCGUCGUCCAUGGGCGGCGAACCGGAUUCCACGCAACAGAAAUUGGACAAGCUUCUGGGCGAGCUGACGUCAGUGCACAAGACCCUGCAGUAUCAUGGCGUAGAUCCUGAGGUCGUAGUACAGCUAUUUAAACAGCUGUUUUACUUUAUGUGCGCCAGCGCUCUGAACAACCUUCUGCUAAGAAGCGAGCUUUGCCGAUGGACGAAGGGUAUGCAGAUAAGGUAUAACAUGAGCCAUUUGGAGCAGUGGGGCAGAGACCGACAGUUAGAAAGCGCGUCGGAAGCACUACAACCCAUCAUACAGGCGUCGCAGCUUCUGCAGGCUCGCAAGACGGACGAGGACGUUAAUUCUGUCUGCGAGAUGUGCAACAAACUGACGGCUAAUCAAAUAGUGAAAAUUCUGAAUCUGUACACACCUGUCGACGAUUACGAAAGUCGAGUUCCUGUUUCGUUCAUCAAAAAAGUACAAGACAAACUGAAGGAGCGUGGCGAGAACAACGAACAACUGUUAAUGGAUCUAAAGUAUUCCUAUCCCGUAAGAUUCUCAUUCAAUCCGUCGGAUAUUCGACUCGAAGAUAUCGAGGUACCAGAGGUGCUUCACUUGCCCAUGCUCAAGAAGGUGUAACGCAAACCAGGCACAAUCCUGGAGAUUCCCGCUCUACUGUACUGUACUGUGUGUCUUUAGUUGAAAACGUUAUACGCGAAUAACCGAUAAACUCGCUUAGUCCACUUGUUCGUACAAGAAGUUAGUGAUACCGGUAAUCCAGCUACGUUUAGACGUAGGCGCAUCGAGAGCGGUCCAUCGAUAUCACGUUUUAUAUGUUUCUUUUUUACUCGGGUAAUUUGUAGAUUUUACGAUAUGUCGUCGCAUUCCUAAUCGCAUUCGCGUUCGAAGUCAAUUCCGUUCCGUAGGUAGACGAUCAGGUCUCGGUAAGUGAGAAAGAACGAUAUUUUUCAUUGUUGUUAUUGUACAGCGUUAUCGAAAUGUAAGGAAAGCAUGAGUAUGAAGCUCCCACAAGGAUUAUAAAUUUAAUAUUUUUUUCUUAUCGAUCGAUAUUAUUUGCAUUUAAGAUAAAUGAUAUUCUCAGAGAUAUAAUUCUUUCGUUCUUUUUUAUAGUACAAGAAAAUGUGUGCCUUCUUUCGCUCAUUUCUUUACUAUAUAAAAAUUAAAAGCUGUGAAUUUCUGAAAAUGUAAGUUAAUUAGAUUCAGGAAUUACGCACAUAACAAAACAAUUUCCAUAAUUCUGAGAAAAUCAUCUAACGAACGGAUAUAUGAGAAUGAUGCUGAUAAUAAAAUAAUUAUGUGCGUGAAUAUAUGAUAAUAUUUCGUUUGCAUAUGUAUGGCGAAACUUUUUUUUCUCUUUGUACCGCCAUACUUAAUCCUUGUGAGAAUUUCGUAUGCACGAUAAAGUUGAAAACUUGUUGAAGAUGUAAUUAAUGUAAAGAAGAAACGCGCGCGAGAGAAAAGAUAUAACGUCAUGUUGGAAAUAGAUUGUAUAUUUUGUGAUACGAGAGGAAAAGAGAGAAAGAAAGAACUAUUUUAAAAUUGGGUCCAAUAACGGUCCAAUAUACGAAUGAGAAGAAAAUAUGAAGGCGACCGAAAGAAACAGGAGUAUAUAAUUGUUGUAUUCUAAUUUAUAUAUAUGUACAUGCGAUUGUAUUUUGUGCCAUUUUACGAGUAGAUUGCAACAUCAUUCGUUAUUGUUAUUUCGUUCGGUUUGCCAUUGGUAUCACGCAUUACAAAUAUUCCACAGAAUGAUGUCUGAAAAGAGAGAAAAUAUCCCUUGUCCCCCAAGAUGUUAUAGACAGAAUAUAUUUACACAAUUACACCUUGACUCGAUGUGACAUACUUAUUUGUUCUUACAGUGAAAAUAAAGUCGAGGUGUUGGAUAGC